AUGUCGGACGCCCUCUCGAGUCGACCCCGCAAGGUGUGCUUUGUGACAAUAGGCGCAACCGCUUCCUUCUCAGCUCUGAUCCGUGCCACCAUCUCGUCGUCCUUCUGCCACUCGCUUGAACAGAACCACUACACAGACUUGAUUGUACAGUAUGGCGCCGAUGGUCAUGACUUGUUUCAGUCUUUGGUGCACGACAUAGACUCGGACAAACGAGGGAGCACCAUCAAUGUGUCUGGAUUUGGACUGGACACGACCGGUCUUGGACAAUACAUGAAGCUGGCAAAGACAGGCGGCGACGGCAGCGGUGCAGAAGGCCUUGUCGUUAGUCAUGCUGGCUCAGGAACCAUUCUCCAUGCACUGCGUGUCGACGUGCCGCUAGUCGUCGUGCCCAACUCGGAGCUCUUGGACAACCAUCAGGUCGAGCUCGCAGACGCCCUUGCUGAGCAGGAGUAUGUUGUCCACGGCAAGCUGGAGUAG